GUGUGUAGGCUGUGUAGCGCUGAGCUGGAGGAAUGCCUCUCUCUCUGCGUGGGGUCCGCGCUGCUGCUGCUGCGCGUUGCCACUCUCAGACUCCCCGGCUCUGAACGCUGCCGGCGCAGGCAUCGUCGCUCCAGCGACCACAGCGGCAAGACACCGUUUGGGGGGUGCGGGGAGGGGUGGGGGGACAGACAAGGAGAUAGACAUACGGGAGACACAAGGAGACGCGCACAACGACGGAGACACGCGGACAGAGACGAGACGAGAGGCAGAAGGAGAGGCGAGCACUGGGCUUCCGUACAGGCGAAGCAGCGGUCGGGUGGGGGCGGUGCCGGCGGCGGCGCCGGCGUGCGGCGCCGUGACCGCUCGCGGUACGCCCGGCGAGAGGCCAUGGGCGACGUUCGGGAAGGGGCGCCCGGGGCAGACGGCGCGGGCGGCGAGCCGAGGGCGACCCCGAGCCCGCGCGCGACGACGGCGGCGGCGAAGCCUCGCGGCAAACUCUUGCCUCUCAAGGUGGUCUUCCUCGACGACUCCGAGAAGACGUUCGAUUUGCCGCGCAAAGCCAACGGCCAGGCCCUGCUCAACGCGACGUACAGCCACCUCAACCUCUCCGAGAGCGACUACUUCAGCCUCGAGUUUGUCGACCGCACGGGCAGCCUGGUCUGGCUCGACCCGCUGAAGACGGUCGUGAAGCAAGUCAAGAAGCCCAAGAACACCGCCUUCAAGUUCGCCGUGAAGUUCUUCCCUCCGGAGCCCGGCCAGCUGCACGAAGAGCUCACCAAGUACCUCUUCACCCUCCAGAUCCGCCGGGACCUGCUGACCGAGCAGCUGGUGUGCAGUGACAACGCAGCUGCUGCUAUCGCCUCCUACUUCCUGCAGGCUGAAGUGGGCGACUGCGAUGAGUCCGUGGGGCGGCAGCACCUGGAGCAGAACAAGUUCCUCCCCACGCAGGAGACCUUGGCUACCAGAAUCCUGCAGCUGCACAGGGACCACUCCAGGGGCCAGUCGCCGGCGGAGGCCGACUCUCAGCUGCUGGAGAUCGCGCGCCGCCUCGACACGUACGGCGUGCGGCUGCACCCGGCCGUGGAUAAGGAGGGCUCGAGCAUCAACCUCGCAGUCACCCACUCUGGCGUCUCCGUCUUCCAGAGCGCCACCAGAAUCAACGCCUUCAACUGGGGCAAGAUCCGCAAGCUGAGCUUCAAGAGGAAACGCUUCCUCAUCAAGUUCCAUCCGGACUGCGAGGGUAAGUACCGCGACACGCUGGAGUUCAUCAUGAAGAGUCGCGACGCCUCCAAGCUCUUCUGGAAGAACAGCGUGGAGUACCACGCGUUCUUCCGCCUCCUGGAGCAGCCCCCGCUCAAGCCCAAGCCCGUCCUCUUCAGUCGCGGCUCCUCCUUCCGCUACAGCGGGAGGACCCAGCGACAGCUGGAGGACACCGUGAGGAGCAGCGUCAGCAAGGGCUGCGUGGCCUUCGAGAGGCGGAGCAGUCGCCCCCGCGCCUCCCCGAGAAGCCCAGGACUCAAGGCUGCCUCCCAGCUCACCCAGACACCCAGCACACAGAGCGGCGGCACCGCCGCUCGGCUUGGCGAGGAGGAGGAGGAGGAGGUGCUCGCGUGCGCGUCCCGGGCCGUCGUCGCGAGCGAGGUGGAGGGCGCGAGGCCGGACACCUCGGGCGGCUCCACGCCACACGCACAGCGCGCCGCCGGGCCGUCUGGAGAGCACCAGGGGCUUGCGCAGCACGCGGGCGCUCGGGAGGUGGGGGUCCCGCAGCCGGCGAAGGCGCCGGUGAGGUCGCCGGGGGGGGGCACGUUCCCUCCGGAGCUCUCGUCUCCGCUGCUGAGCCCGGACUCGGUGACGAGCAAAAACGAGGAGGAUGAGGAUGCGACGAGGAAGCGGUACCCAGCGGACAAGGCGUACUUUGUGGCCAAGGAAGUUUGCACCACGGAGCGCACGCACCUCAAGGACUUGGAGGUGGUGACGGUGUGGUUCCGCAGUUUCCUGGGCAAGGACGGCCUGGUCAUGGAGAGAGUUCCCUCCAUGCUCUUCGCAAACAUGGACCCCCUCUAUGAGUUCCACCGCGGCUUCCUCAAGGAGGUGGAGCAGAGGCUCACGCUCUGGGAGGGCCGGUCGAAUGCUCACCUCAAGGGAGACCACCAGCGGAUCGGAGACAUCAUGCUGAAGAACAUGAAUCUGCUCAAGCAGUGCAUGGGGCAACUGCGGCAGCACGAGGCGGUGCUGGCCGAGCUGCAGGUGGAGCUCGCCACCUCCGAGCCGCUCGCCGAGUCCUGCCGCACGUUCGAGCUGCAGAGGGUGUGCUACCUGCCGCUGGCCGCCUUCCUGCUGCGGCCCCUGCAGCGGCCCCUGCACUACCGCCUGGUGCUGGAGCGGCUGUGCAAGCACUACUCGCCGGCGCACCCCGACUUCAAGGACUGCCGCGCGGCCCUGGCGGAGGUGAACGAGGUGACGAAUCAGCUGCACGCGAGCCUCAUCCGCCUGGAAAACCUGCAGAAGCUGAGCGAGCUGCAGCGUGACCUCGUGGGGCUCGACAACCUCGCGUCGCCCGACCGGGAGUUUGUCCGCGAGGGCUGCCUCAACAAGCUCACGAGGAAGGGCCUGCAGCAGAGGAUGUUCUUCCUGUUCUCGGACCUCCUCAUCUACACGAGCAGGGCGCCCACCUCCACCAACCAGUUCAAGGUUCACGGGCGGCUGCCUCUCGUCGCCAUGAAGGUGAGGGAGAGCGAGCAGGAGUUCGGCGUUCCGUACUGCUUCACCAUCUCCACACCGCACAAGAGCAUUGUCGUGGCAGCCAGCUCCCGUGUGGAGUUGGACAAGUGGAUGGAGGACAUCGCCCUGGCCAUCGAGCUCAUGAAGAAGUCCAACACUCACCCCAGCUCCCCGCUCGAGAACGGGUUCAGUGACAAGUUCAACCGUUCGUCGGAUGAGCUGUCGCUGGAGCCGGAGUCGGAGGAGGAUCUGAAUCCGGCUCCGGGCUCGCCGGACCGGCAGGCUGCGGGGCACCGCGCGAACACGACGAUGCAGGUCUGCUGGCACCGCAACACCAGCAUCUCCAUGCUGGACCUGAACCGCGCAGUCGAGAACCAGCUGUCGGGGUAUUUGCUGCGCAAGUUCAAGAACAGCAGCGGCUGGCAGAAGCUGUGGGUUGUCUUCACCAACUUCUGCCUCUUCUUCUACAAAACCCACCAGGAUGACUUCCCUCUGGCCAGCCUGCCCCUGCUGGGCUAUUCCAUCACAGUCCCGACGGAGGCUGACGCCAUCCAGAAGGACUACGUGUUCAAGCUGCAGUUCAAGUCCCACAUCUACUUCUUCCGUGCCGAGAGCGAGUACACCUUCGACCGGUGGAUGGAGGUGAUCCGCAGUGCCACCAGCUCGGCGGGACGCACGCGUCUGCUCAGCCGCAAGGAUUCACGCCCCGUGUAGCGUGGGGGGCAACACCGCAGGGAGCCUGGGUGCCACCAGCACCUACAGGCCGAGGCCCAUCGCCUGCCGUGAAUAGCACGGGCACCACCACCACCUCGUACCAGCUGGGUCUCCCACCACCUUAACGAACAGCCUUGAUCACACUACCACGUACAGCCUAGGUGUCACCAGCACGUACAGGCUGAGACCCACCACCACCACCACAUAUAGCCUUGGUCCCACCGCCACAAUCAGGCUAGGUUCCACCAUCACCCUGUAGAGCCUGGGUUCGACCACCACAAACGGGCUGCUACGCACCACAAUGUACAGCCUGGGUCCCACCACCCACAGCUUGGGGUCCCACCACAAUUGAGCCAUCACCGUGUCUGCUGCAGCGGAACAGCGAGGGGCCUGCGUCCUCACACUGCCGAUUCCCAGAUGCGGCUGCAUCGGGCACCUUGUGGCUCCAAGUUCAGGUCGGUCGCGAUGAGCUUCGGCUCGGGAUUAUGUAAUUGCAGGUGGCACGCCGAGCGGGUGAUUAAUCGAUUUGAAAUUGAAAACACAUAGGGAGGUGUAGGCCGCGUGUAUUCCGCAAGUCAUGCUGCUGUAGCUCGGCUGUCGUCAUACCAGUUUUCUCCGGAGGCUGGGUGGAGUUUUCUUGGUUGGGAAAACCUGAAGCGGAGCUCACCGAUACCGGAACUGGGGCCGCAUCACGCCGCCGUGCCACUGCGAGAGAUGAGUUCAAAAAUAGUGCGUAACAGUAUGUGCCUCUGUGCAAAAAGUCGCUGAGAACGUUAUUUUAUAAUCUUUUUUUUGUCUUUGAUGAUUUGUACGAUUUCCCUUUUGGUGCCGGUAGUACGGGGGGGGGGGGGGGGGGGCACUGAUAGAGGUAGUGUUAGUGCGUAGACCGUUGACGCCUUAUACGGUGGUCGUUACCGUUAGAUGCGUAAGGGUUAAUCAAAAAAAUGCCUACGACGCGCGUUUUUAAACUCGCUCCACUUAUCGAUAAUAACGUUCCUUCGGUGACACUGCGAGAGUGAAAUUUGUUACCGACUUACUUUGGUGGUUUGUAUGCUGCUGCUGUGAAGGAGUUGGAGGGGGGGGGGAGGUGAUUUCCGGUACCGUUUUAUUUCCCUGCCGGUGCGCGCUUGUGCCAUCCAGGAGCGUGACAGCAUGGCCCCUGACGCAGCUUCCUUAGCUUGACAAAGCGAGCAGCAACCGUGAGAGUUCAUUCGUUUGUUUCGUUGAGUUUCGCCGGGGUGAAAGUGGGCGCAAGCUGUUACAAAGAUGGCGCGAUGAGACCUUUUAAACGUGAUCACUGAGCCAGCACCCUUGAGAUCCGGACUUUAACUCGUAGGCCUUCGUGACCAAUGUUAUGAUUCGUAAUUGAUUUAUUCCCACAACUAUGUGACCCAUAAAUCAAUAAUGUAUUGUCGAAUCCGAGCGGCCAUGUGUGGUUAGUUUCAUCGUCUCAACCCGGGCGUUAUCGAUUACACAAACACAUUAUUUUCAAUUCACAUUCAGCAAAUUUGGUUUCCAAUUAAAUAUGGCCAACCCCAACUUUGAGGGAUAAAACAGACAUUGGACGACUGACAGGUGGCAAACCGCUCUACACAUUGCGUGACAGAGCGCAGCGUCGGGCGACCUCGAACUGAGGCGACCUUGGAGAAAGUAUCUCCUCGGUUCCCUCCACGACGUUGAGGCUCGGACGACAGUAGCAGAGUCACGGCAGUAAUCGUCCGUCUGGCCAUGCUACCACGGUAGUGCUUACGGGGGAUGUAGAGUAACCCUCCGGCAUUUCUCUCGGGUUACGCCGUGGUGUCGCUCCUCACCAUGUCCGACGUUUCGCUGCCCGUUGCCGGGAGCUUCCUGCUUCGGCCCCUGAAGGAUCUUGUUCACCCAAGAACGCAUUGGAGAGCUAUUGCAGGACGAGGGUGGGGGGGAAAAAAAAAAACACCUCGGCGAGGGAUAUAAUUGGUGGGCGAUAAAAUCCCACGGAGAGUCAUUACGGUGGAUGGGGCCGGGCGCGAUCGCUCGCUUGGGCAUCGCGAUGCGAGGCGAUCCGGGUCCUGCGUGCCGAGACGGAGCGCGUGCGGCGACGGCGGCGGCAUGGAGAUCGACGCCCGCCGGUGCCUCGCCAACCGUCAACUACUGAAUGUCUGCGAGGAAGUAUUCCGCAACUGCGCGCAUUUUUGAAUCGCUCCUUUUUGCAGUAACAGUAUGAAUGCAGCGUGUGCAACGAUGGCGGGGGGGUCAGCCGAAAACCCGACUCGCCCAGUCUGCUUGCCUCACCACGGCCUCCUGGGCCACGUGGCUUGUUGGGGGCUGCCCAACGCUGCGUCAAGUAAAGCGACUUUUGGGGGGGGGGGGAUGGGGUGGGGUGGGGACGGAGCCCCCACGUCGCCAACCGAACUUGCCAGGCGUAUCGACAGCGUGGCGCCCGCCAUUCAACGCUGAAGUGCUUGGCCAAGGAAAGGCUCGGCGAGUCUCGAAACAAAUGUUUCUGGAAGUGCCUUGCUUCGAGGGAUGUUUGACCAAGUUCCCCGAACGAGAGAGGCACGUGGGAGGGAAAACCAGAGAAAGCGGAGGGAGACCCACACCGGUGCAGCGAGAUGAGUUCACAAACCCUCACUACCACCCCCCCCUCCCCGAUACCAAUAUCUCCUGGCCACCUCGCAGACCAGUGGCUUUGGGAAUCUCACUCGCAUGUCGCAACGUGAUCCAUCAACCCUCGCUUGCUUCCAAAGCACCGGAUUACAGACCUGUUCCUCAUCCCUUCAUCCAGCGAAAAAAACACCUUAAGAGAAUCGAAUCGACUCACGAUUAUAAUCUGGACUCCGGCGGACUGUAGAUUCUAAUCCUAAUCGAACCGCGACUCCCCCCUGCAGUAAGUUUUCAUAGAUGUAUUGAUCGCAUUCUAAAUAAGCAUCUGAUCAGCGCGUGGCCCGAUGUCGAUCCGAUAUUGAUUACAUCUCGUUCGUACUGAACCUCCUCGAUUUGUUUUACCCGUUCUUGUCUCUCGGUACCUGGAUGGAGCUGUUACACGGAAUAACCGCCGUUUUUUUUGUAAUAUUUUAGCGAAUCAGCUUUUACACGGCUUUUAAGUAGGACGUAAGGUUUAUCGUGUUUGUUUUUGAGCCAUGGAAGUCUGUGUGCGCACGUGUGUGUGUGUGCACGCGCGCGUAUACACUUUAGGCGAAAGUAAAAUUUUGCAAAUUCCACACACUUAGGAUUAUAUUCGUAACCCACCAAAGAGUUUGGGCGUAGAUACCUCACAAAACAAUCAAACGCAUCAUUUGUACCGAUCUUGUAUAGGAGAAGUUAACACUGUUAGCAAGGUUAGACGCAAGUGGUGGGAGAAAUCUGUAUUUUCAGUCGGCGUUUUCGUGUUUUAUUUUAUAAGAAGUAGUUACGGAACGGUACAUGAAGGCAACAGCUCCUGUUUAUAUAAACGGCUUUGCUUUACAUUAAAAUAAAGAGUUGAGACGGAG